AUGCGCACUUCUAUAAUCUUGGCGUCUUGCCUCAUGGCAAUCAGCGCUGUGAGCGCAGCUCAAUUGGCCGGUCCAGCAGCAACUCCCAGUCCUCACUUCCAAAAACGGAAAAUUAUGGAAAGACACCAAAGUAUGUUACCCCGAAUGCCUUUGGGCAACGGUCUCUUCGGAAGUAGCGAUGAUGGAACCCACAAAGAUUCAACAGAUUCCGAUAAGGCGUCUUCAACAAGCUCUUCAUCAAUGUCAUCAUCUACUUCUUCUUCCUCGUCAUUUUCAUCUUCAUCUUCUACACGCAUUUCAAGCUCAACAUCAUCUGCCGCGCCUUCUUCAACAUCAACAGCUGCUCCGACAAGUUCCUCUUCCUCUGCAGGAACAACACCAACGAGCAGUUCAGUUGUAUUCCUUACUUCAACUCUUCAGCCAACCUCAAGUUCCAGCGCGGCUCCCGCUCCAGCACAAACGAGUGGUUCAUCACAAGACAAUAGCGGCAGCAGUCACACAGGCUUGAUUGUUGGUGUUUCAGUGGUGGGUGGUGUUGCGAUCCUUGGUGCUUUGAUCUUCUUAUACAUGAAGUUCGGCGGAAGAAGGUUUAGCGAUUACGAUAACGAUGAUGCGGAUAUUAAAUGGCCAGAAUUGAAGACGGACGAAAAUGCAGCAGCAAUGCAACCUUUGCCAGCCCGAAGGACGGGCGGUGCAGGAUUUGAUAUGGGCGAAGAUUCGGAUCACGGUCACGAUAUGAACAACCUCGGCGGCGAUGCACACAGCAUGACAGAAUACGGUGGAAAGCAACAUGAUUCCAUGGUAGGAAGUACAACUGCGCUCAAUAGUGGUAUUGGUUCAGGCACAUAUGGUGCUGGAACCUACACCCAUGGAGGUGAUGCUGAUACCUACAACGCUCCAGCUGGUGGUGUGACAGGUUAUUAUGACCCUUACGGUAGCUACAGUCACGGUGGACAAGGUCAACAGGUAUUUUACCCUGAUCAAACAAGUCAAGGACAAGAUUUCCAAGGAUACGGAGGAUAUGGACAUGAUCAAAACGCAUAUGGAACCAGUAGUAGCCCACAACAAAAUCCUUAUCGUGUUGGACAACAUACUGGGCAAGGAGGAUAUUGA